CAGACUGACAGACAGACAGACUAGUUUACGUGUCUGUUCCUAAGAGAAAGCUAUUAAGGUAUCGGCUGAGCUGUCAUUUUGAUAAACUAGAUGCAGGUCAAGGUUUUCUGAAGCCGAUAUCAAUAUAAAGAAGCUCGCCUCUCGAUUCUUCUAAGCAAAUCUCAAAGAUGGACGAAGCAACAACUGAUUUUGUUUCUGACGAAGAGAAACCAGAAGUCAUACCUGAAGCUUCGUCCAAGAACUUAGAUAUUGAAGACGUCUUUGAGGAAUGCGGUGGAUAUGGCUACUUCCAGCUGUUCUUGACUCUCGUGAUUGUAUUUUUUGUUAUAGUUAAUGCCAUGUUAUAUAUGUCCAUGGUUUACAUUGGAGUACAAAUUCCUUUCACUUGCUUUCCACCUGAACUCAACAGUUCUUUGAUCCCUGAAAAUAUCACCUCCGAAGAAUUCCUGGAGGUGUUAAAUUACAAAAUCGACGAAUGUUCUGUUAUUGAUUUACAACAGGAUGACAGUUCCUAUGACUUGUCAUCGAUAAAUUCCACGAAGCCACGGAACUGUGAGAGACGACGUUUCGAUACGAGAGACAUGUCAAGCAUUGUUUCAGAGUUUGAUUUAGUCUGUGAAAGACGCUGGUUGAAAAACACUGCCUUUUCUGCGCUAUUUAUUGGCUGCCUUGUAGGUUCCCUAGGAUUUGGCAUUCUUGCCGACAGAUUCGGCCGACGUCGUUUAUUUUUCGUUGGGUUAGUUAUAACUUUGGCUGCUAAUACCAUCAAAGUAAACUCACCGUCUUUGCUACUGUUUAAUAUUGCGUACUUUUUUGAAGGAUUAGGACAGUCCGGAAGUUACUUUUGCACAUAUUCACUGAUGAUCGAAAUGCUUUGCCUGCAACAUCGAAUGCCUCUCAAUUUUACCCUACACACUGCCUUUCCUAUCGGAUCAAUGUGUCUAGCAGGUAUCGCCUAUGCAAUUCGGGACUGGCAACACCUGCAAUAUGCCGCUAGUCUUCCUCAUCUCUUUUUCUUUUUACUAUGGACAUGGUUACCAGAAUCUCCUCGUUGGCUUUUGAGUAAAAAACGCUAUGAAGAAGCGGAAAAUAUUCUUAAACGAAUGGCAAUAUCGAAUAAGAGAGGGGUUGAUGGAAUGUUAAAAAUUCUCCGUGAGGACGUCAUUGGAAGAGAAAAAGGAACCGAAUUAAAUGGUAAAGCAGAGGCGCUCAUUGCAAACAACCAAACGAAUUCUGCAGCAAAGGCGAGAAAAACUAAUACAAUUUUCGAUUUAAUUCGAAAACCUCACACUGCGAUGCUUUCCAUCAAUAUCUGGUUCUGCUGGUUUGUCAACAGCAUGCUUUAUUACGGAGUGACAAUGAACUCGGUUGACAUGGCAGGCAGUCGUUAUUUAAAUUUCUUUUUAAUGUCAUUGAUCGAGCUUCCAGCCUGUAUUGUCUGUAGCUAUUUCUUCCAUUGGUUUGGCCAUCGUAAACCAAUUUGUUUUUUCAUGAUAUUCGGAGGAAUCAACUGCAUAGCAUCAAAUUUUGUAUCAAAAGAUUCAUCUUGGUUUCCUUUAAUAUUGGCUGUUCUCGGCAAGUUUGGUUGCACGGCUUCUUUUGAUGGAAUAUAUCUUUUAUCAGCAGAAAUAUUUCCAACAAUUAUACGGAUCAGUUGUAUGGGAACUGCUUCAACGUUUGGGCGUCUCGGAGCCGUUAGCGCCCCUCCUAUUCUUGGACUCACUUCUUAUGCAUCAUGGCUCCCUCUAAGCGUCUUUGGAGUGUUGGGAAUAGUUUCUGGUUUACUGACAUUAUUGCUUCCGGAAGUGAAAGAUGCAUCUUUACCACAGACUGUGGAAGAUAUGGAAAAACUGUAAAAUAGACACUGUGUGUGUGUGUGUGUGUGUGUGUGGAGUCUGUCUGUCUGUGUGCAUUUGCACAAGUUUGUGUGUCUAUGUAUGUAUGUAUGUAUGUAUGUAUGUAUGUAUGUAUGUAUGUAUGUAUGUAUGUAUGUAUGUAUGUAUGUAUGUGAGUGUGUGCCUUUGUAUGAGUUCCUCUUUUCGCAUAAUGUUUGUAAGCAUAACAUGAAAUAAACUCUGUAUAUACCGA